UUGUCGUAUAUUUUUACGUUUUUGUCUGUUUUUCCAACAUUUUUGACGCUUUAUAAACAUUUGUCACUGUUGGGACGUUUUUUGCUGCUUUUCUUUGGUGGCUACGGCAACAAGCUGAAGCUUGGAGCAGAAGAAGAAGAAGAAGAAGAAGAAGAACAUGCAGUCUGAGCGGAGGAGAAACAUCUGAAGACUUGAGAAGAAACAGGAAGCUGCAGAUCUCUGAGAUGUCUCCAUCUGUCCUGCUGAGUGUCCUCGUCGUGCUCAUCUUCCCGCCCAGCAGAGGUCAAGGAAGUGAGUGCAGCUGUGACGUCACCAACAGCCGCUGUGACGAGUCGGGAGUCUGCAG